AAGGCCACCGAGAGCCAGCAAGGCCACCGAGAGCCGCCUCUGCUCCUGCCCCGCAUCCUGCACUUUCUCAGGGGUGAAGAUGAGUGCUGAAGAGAUUCUGGUGCUUGCAGUAGAACUUGGAAAAAAUUUCUGCCUCUAUUUUCAUGGUAAUUAGAACACUUAAUAACCUCCUCUGUUUGAGUACUGAUUUAACACAAUUCCUUUGUCAGUCUGAUUUCACCUUAUUUUCCCGUAAACUUCAGUUUUAAGUGGUGUUAGCCAAGUUUCUGAGUCAGGGGAGUAUUUGCUGCUUAUAUAAAAAAUUCUGGGAAAGGGCACUCAGAAGUGUUGGAAUUCUGGGGGGUGGACUUCAAGUGAAUGAGUAAAUUCUGAUCUUAUGGAAAAAUGUCAGUUAGAAAAGAGUUUCUUCUUUAAAAGCAAUUUGUAAAGAGUUCUUAUUGUCCUUUUGCUCACUUAAACCAGAAAAUUUGCAUGAAGUCAUUCCUCAGUUUUAGGCUUAGAGUGAUGCUCUCACCCUUUUAAAUAACCCUGAACAAGCCUUUUGCAUGCCUCUGGUGUGGUGGUGACUCCAGUUCUCAAGUGACUGGGUUUUGUUUUGCUCCAGAUGAAGCCUGCCUGCAGUGCCAGCAGCUCAGCCUCGGUGGCACUGGGCUGUGGGAACUCGUGGGUGGCUGCCUGGGCACUGAGGGACUCCUUUUGUGGGGGCAGAGCUUAAUGUUGUUUUUCUUUCCUUUUUUUUCACUGCUCCCUUGGAACCAAGACGACGAUGAGCUGGAGUGUGAUGCCCUGUGCAAGGAGAAGAUUCUGCACCGAGUGCUGAGGAAUGUCCACAGCCAGCUGCUCGUGGUGCGCCCCGACCUGAGCGUGGCAGCCUUUGAGGAUGUCACAGACCAGGAGAUGCAAUCUGGCAAAGGGAUGCACUUCAGCAUCCACUGCUACAAAACCACCACACCCUUAGCAGGGAUGCCCGUGGCCUUCAGUGUCCAAGUGGAAAACAAAAGUUAUUACAUGUGCUGUGAGAGGGAAGGUGGAGAAAUGAUUGUUAGAUUCAAGGAAGGAGAAGUUCCCAAAGAAAUUCCUGGUGAAAGCAACAUCAUCUUUUUCAAAAAGACAUUUACAUCUUGCUCCUCCAGGGCAUUUAAGUUUGAAUACUCACUGGAACGAGGGAUGUUCUUGGCCUUUGAGGAAGAAGGCUGCUUGAGAAAAUUAAUCCUAAAGAAAGUGUCACAAGAUGAAGUGGAUGAAACCAUGAAGAUGAGUUUAUCUACAUUCAGUCAGAAUGAAAAUCACAACCUAUGAUGGAACACUUCAACAGUUCUAAAAUACACUUUGGUUUUUUAUAUAUAAAAGAAACUUUAAUCUUUAUUCAAAACAAGUCAGUUUUAACUACUGUCAGUACUUAUAAAAAAAAAAUGCAAGUUCUUGGCAAAAAAGCCAAGAAUGUUUUAUAGUCAGAUAGAAGAGAAUUACACACUGAAGAAACAGGAAUGUGCAAGUCUCUAUAGUCCUGUGGAAUUUGAUCCCUGAAAUCUUUAAUACCUGUUGACCAAACAGCUUUUGAAUUAGGCCUGGACUUUUACAUUCCCAAAAGAUAAUAUAUUUCUCACCCUAGUAGCUUAAACAGCACAUCCAGCUGCAUGCUGUGUGAGGAAACCUCAGACACUUUCCAUCAGAGACCCUCAGCUUGCCCAGAGGGACUUACCCAUGACUCACCACUGCACCUCCCCCUCCCUGGGAAAAAACAACAAAUGUUGGUUUUAAAACCCAACCAGAAAAACACAGCUCUGUUCUGACCACAACACUAACAAAAAAUUGGCCUGCUACCUGCUUUUGCUAAUAAAUAAAAUUUCCAAUCCAUACUGAAUAAAAAUCAGAAAGUCUUGCAGAA